CGACUAGGCUUCGGUUUCCAAUUCAAAUCAAUCAUUUCACUUUGAAUUUUCGUAGCGUUCAGUUCAGUGAAGAAGCCUCCGGCUUGUUACUUUUCUAUCAGUCUGUUACAAUAGGCGUUGUUAGGCGUUAGUUUUUAGAGCCCAAUAAGAGAGCCUCCCGAGUGUAGUGUGUAACGAUAUAGUAUUGAAAAAAAAAAAAGUAUAACAAAGGAAAAACGUCCGGCUUCUCUCCGAUUAUUCCUUUUAGUCACAUUCGAGGCAGUUCCGAAAGCAGUGCGUUGUUUGUCGGUACGAAUUUAAGACCAUACGAUACACGGUGGAGUUUGGAGCAGAGUGCGCGAAAUCCGCUUUUGUCUGUUAGUAGUGGAGUAUUACGCAGUGACCACCCGCCCUGCCCUCUUGCAUUACGCGACCACGCUGAAGAAAGGCUAGAAAAGUGCUGUUUUACCUCCCGGCAAAACAUUAAGGGGAAAUUACAUAUGAUAUAAAGGCUUACUCCCCCUGGGACGUGAGGUGCAAGCAAAGCGAAACCAAAGUGUUUAUGCUGUGCUGAUCAAAAGAUUGGAGAAGGAGAAAAAUCGUCAUCAACAACCCAGUGUAACACCCACGAUCGAGUUUCGAGUCCGAACGCUAAGAACUCUAUCAGAAUGACCGAAACUACCGAAGCCCCAGUCGUUGCCGAGGUCAAGACCCCAUCGCCAACGAGCGAAACGGCAGCCGCCGCCACCACGAACGGUCACGCCGAAGAGGGUGUCACCGCGCCGCAAAAACCGGUCGAGGAAACCAAUGGAUCAGCGGAAAAGACCGACGACAAAACCAAAACCGAGAAGGCCGAAGAUGUACCUCCGCCCAAAGAGAUGCGAGCCGUCACGCUGACAGGUUUCGGUGGCUUCAAGAACGUCAAGAUCCUGAAGAAGCCCGAACCGAGCCCACAAGCUGGCGAAGUGCUGAUCCGCGUCAGAGCAUGCGGUCUCAACUUCCAGGACUUGAUGGUGCGCCUUGGUGCAAUCGAUUCGCCACCAAAAACACCCACCAUCCUUGGGUUCGAGUGCGCCGGAGAGAUCGAAGCCGUCGGCGAGGAAGUUGAAGGAUUCAAGGUCGGCGACCGUGUUGUAGCGCUACCAGAAUUCCGUGCCUGGUCCGAGCUGGUGGCAGUACCCACCAAAUACGUGUAUCAAAUUCCGGAUGAAAUGACAUUCCAGGAUGCGGCUGCCAUCGUAAUGAACUACCUGAUCGCCUAUAUUCUCAUCUUCGAUCUCAUUUCGCUGCGGGAAGGCAAAUCCAUCCUUUUGCAUUCGGUUGGCGGCGGUGUGGGCCAGGCUAUUGUCCAGCUUGCACGCACUAUCCCGAAUGUAACCAUCUUCGGGGUGUGCUCCAAGUCCAAGCAUGAAGCGUUGGCCGCUACUGGACUCAUUGAUCAUCUGAUUGAUCGAACCGAUUAUGUCAACGAAGUUAGAAAGAUCACAACCGAAGGUGUCGACAUUGUUAUGGAUUGCCUGUGCGGUGAAGAGUGCAACCGGGGCUAUGGACUGCUGAAACCGAUGGGCAAAUAUAUUUUGUACGGAUCGUCUAAUGUGGUCACUGGAGAGACCAAGAGUUUCUUCAGUGUUGCUCGUUCGUGGUGGCAAGUGGAUAAAGUGUCUCCGAUUAAGUUGUUCGACGAAAACAAGAGCCUUUCUGGCUUCAAUCUGCGACACUUGCUGUACCAGCAGGACGGUUCAGCGUACGUGCGAUCCACCGUUGAUAAGAUCUUUGCCCUCUGGAAGGACGGUAAGGUUAAGCCGGUAGUGGACAGCAUCUGGGCGCUAGAGGAUGUCGCAGAAGCCAUGCAAAAAAUGCACGACCGUAAGAACAUUGGCAAGUUGGUGCUGGAUCCCGCCCUGGAACCGAAACCGAAACCGGCCACUCCGGCCAAGAGCAAGUCCAAAAAGCAAGCUAGCGAGGACAAGAGCAGCAAAAAAGAUAAGGACGAGGACAAGAAGAGCGCGGAAAAUGGUGACGAGAAAAAGGAAGGUGAGGAAGCUAAAACUGACGGUGAAGCCGAUGCUGCUGGCGAGGCGGCUGUCGUCAAUGGCGAUAGCGCGGAAAAGUCGGACGCACCAGCUGCCACCAACGGGGAUGCAACUGAAAGUGAGAAAAAAGAAUCGAGUUGAACAUUCUAAGUGCAAGAAAAUGCAUCCCCUAAAUAAUUGAACCGCUUACAACAACAUAAAAAAGUUUCAUCAUCACAACAUCCAGAUAUAAUUCGAAAAAAGAAGAGGAUCCGUGACUAUUCUCAAACAAUUUCCGUGUACAAAAGCUAUUCACUUUUUACCAAUCAAUGUGCAGAGUUGAUCCUCAACAACAUUGGUCAGCGCACACAGACGAAAAUAACAUUAAAAAACGAUACAACGACGUUCCAUCAGCUGUGUGUUUGUGAAAUAAUGUUGAUCUUCAGUGGAAGGUGUACUUCGAUUACCCCAAAGGAAUGACAAAAUGUGGGUGUGUUAUUAACACUUUUGAGCAAACGGUUUUUAUUUCGGAUAACUUUCCGCCAAGAAGUGAUGUUUCAACGAUCUCGUUUACUAAAUGUCCCCCGUCACAAUUCAGUUACAGAUACCUUACGCUACCGCAAGAGGAAUGUUCCAAUGUAAGCAUUAAGCACAAAUAACCUCUAAAUAACAAAGAAAAAUUAAAACAGGCCUCGAAAAUGUUGAAGGUUUCAGGAAACAAAACAUACAUAAGAGAAUUACACUACACAAAUAACCUUCGGAAGCAGCACGACAAAGAACGUCAGCCAUCAAGAUUUCAUCCCAGUCCAUUACGACAUAUCGUUGCACACACACGCUCCCAGUCCCACAAACACACAUAGACACACACCCGUUCACAAAAAAGCAUUACGAACAAAAUAUUAUACGCGCAAAGUUGAAUCAUCAUUUUUGUUUUUUUUUCUUUUGAGUUGGACACUAUUUGUAUCAAGAGAAAAAAAAUUAAUUUAUCAUCCUGAGUUAAACAAAACACAUAAAAUAGAACACGAGCGAAAGAAGCAAGCAAAAAUUUUAAUAUUUUGAACUAUGUGUCAUGUAAUACUGUAAUAUUUAAAUAUAUAUGAUUGAAUCUAUGUAUAACAAAGAAACGAAAUAAUUGAUUUAAAAAUAUAUAUUAGAUUCUUUAUUAUGAGAAUGGAUUUUUUUUUCGUUUCUUUAAGGUAAUGUUUAUUUUUGUACGUCGUCGAGAUAUAACAUUUAAACAAUUAAAGCAGAAAAUCAUUUAUACUGUUAGUAAUCAAUCAAAAGCGAGAGAAAGAGAAAUGUCAUACAUUCGAUUUAUAUCUUAAUGCACGCAACAUUAUUUGCAUCAAAAUCACUCUUCACUACCUUUUUUUGGUUGAAUUGCUAUCAUCCUUUAAGCGUUAAGUGUUGAGAAAAAAAAGAAGGAAAAAUGAAAACUUUUGACGAGGAGAUAUGUUUGACUUCUUUUGUAUAAAUUUUUUUUAAAUAUUUUUAUUUUAUAAUACAUUUGACAAAGGAUUUGAAAAAAAAGGUUAUUUUUGUUUUGAUUUUGUUUAUUUUUAUUUUAUUUUACCGCUUCCGAAAUCACCCUAUUUUUUGAUUCUUUUUCGGUUCAACAGUUUUUACAUCAUUUUCAAGAGUUGCGCGAUACAAUAUCGUCGACACAAACUGAUUAUCAACUCUGUAAAAAAAAACACAAAACGUCACCUCUAAGGUUUACUCACAUCGAUUCUAGUUUUUAACUACCGCGGGUCCUGUGUCAGCAAAAAUGAAAACCCUCCACCUACGAGAAACCUAAUGUGGAACACAAAAGUACCGAUUCAGAGCCAGGAAUGAGAGGCAACCAACAAAAACCAGACUAUUAAAAAGAAGAGAAAAGGAAAAAAAAAACUGUUGCUGUUGAUUUGUUCAUUGUUUCAAAAACAAACAAAAUCCAAGAGUGUAACAACAAAAUCAGCCAAGUUGAAUUGAGUAGCUGGAAUCUGACUUAGCUGUUAGGUUUAAAUAUACGGCACUAAAAAUAACCUCAGAAAUCACCAUCUGACAGACACUUUAGCGAGUCGUUGUAAAUCAUUUAAAUAAUCUCUGUAUUAUUAGAUACUGAUAAAUCUUGUAUUUAAUUAGAAGCUGAACUAUAUUAAAAUAUACAUGUGCUUUCGAUGUUUUACACGAUAGUGGCAACAUUACAUUAUAUAUAUACAAGUAUGUAUAACAAUCGGCAAUCAGCAACUGUUUCGAUAAUAAAGCUACAAUAUGGACUAUAACAAUUACAUGAAAUGCUUAUUUACAUUCACUUCAGAUGGUUCACCUUCGAACUGAAACAGUUUCUGAAACCAAAAAGCUGUUACAAAGCGGAAACUCGAGUAGAUUUUACAUUUAAUUGUUGUCAAUCUGCCGAUUAUCCAAAGCAAAAAAAUUAACUUUCAUUGUGUGAACAAUGUCUCAAAUUAGAUCAAAAUCAGCUAAACGCUUGCUAAUAAUGCAAUAAGGUCAAAUAUCAAUUAUUAAUAACCACAUAUUAAUACUAAAUGACCAAACCAUUUCGUUCCCAAAUGUGUAACAGCAUUUCGUUUAUAUUUUCUAUGAGCUAAAUUAACGAACAUUCUUGACUCUUGCUGGAAAUGAAAAUUCAUAAAGCUACAAUUGUGCCUAUUACAGUUUGACUCCGAUUUAGGUUUCUCUCUCUCUCUUUCAUAACUCGGCUCAAAAAUAUUGAGUAAUUUUUUCAAACCUAAAUCAAUAUAAAAGGCAUUCAACUGCUAGCAAAAAACGAUGGCAAAUCAAUCGAACGCAUGUGAAGUUCAGCGAUGAAUAGGCAGACAACUAGAAGAUAGCUUAAGUUAAGACAUGGAAUUUUCAAAAAAGAUUAGAGCUAAACCAUAGACUAACGAGAGCAUUUUUCUGUACACAGAAAAACUGGAAUGGUGACAAACGCAAUUGUGAUAAAUGAAAAAUUUGGAUUUUUUACUUAUUGCUAACUCUGCACGCCCCUCUAAUGUAAAACUUUGCACUAUAGAAUUAUUAUGCAGCAGCUUCAACAACCACCGACGAUACAAUUUCUCAGAUACUUUUUUGGAGGAUCUUUACACCACCUUCUUUGUGAAUGGAUCUUAAGAACUCUACCCGAUCACAACAGAAAAUCACAAAUUCACCUUUAAGGAAUGCGUCUUCCUGCAUACAAAGAAAAAAAGACAUAUUUAUAAAAGAACGAAAAGCUCGCUUUCAGUGCUAGACUUUUUUGUAGUGAAUGAAUCAGUAGUAUUGGAAAACUUUUAAGACGGAAAAGCACUGCCUAGGAAAUAAUACGUUCGUACUCAAAGAGUAAAUGGAAAAACACAAACAACUGCCAUCAAAAGUAGUAGCUAUGAAUGAGAAAAUCUUUUCCCUACUUGGGGGAUAAAUAGAGAUGCCGGAGUCAUCUUGGCUCACUAGCAAUUUUUUUUGAACACGUAGGUCAAAACUAUCACAAAUACUAUGCACACAACCCAUUAUUCCAAUUGCUUAUCACUAGAACUUUACAACCCUUCAUCUCUUUCUGCAGUAAACACAAGAUGUAAUCGCUUAUUUAAAAAUUGUAGUAAAAUUUAAUGCUUUUCAUCUUACACAUAUCACUUUUUACGUUUUUUGGAGCGCUUUUUGUAGCUUUUUUGCGUCAGCACAAACAAUGUGGGAGUGCCGACUCGCUCGCAAACAGUUUCGAAAACUUUACACAAUAUUUGCACACAACAAACAGAACAAUGAAUUUUACGAUCUAAAGAUCGUUGAAACGAUAAAUUUGAUAAACAAAAUAAAUGAUAUGACCGAAAGUAUUGUAAAAUACUAUUGAAGACCAAACUUGCUUGGAGUCGUAUGAAAAGAUUCAGUAUGUGAUUGAAUUUCUUACAACAACAACAACAAACUGCGCCUUUCGUAAGAACCAAUAGGCAAAAAUCAAAGAAAGAAAAAGAAUAACAAAGCUGUAACACAAAAUCAACCAUAUAGUAUCUAUCUACAAACAUGUAUAUUCGUAUAAAUAUAUGAAUGCCACUUUGAUAAAGCAUAUAUAUUUAUAUACUAAGAAUAUGUAAGCAUAGAAACAACAACCAAAAACAAGUGGAACCAGAAGAAGGCGCAAAUUUAGCAGCUUUACCCUAGCAAACCUUUGUAUGUAGUGGUUGGAUGGAAUGUAAUUGUCGACACGACUGCCUGCAUCAUCCUUCCCUGAUAAAAAAAAAAACAAGGAUCGGGCAAUCGAUUCGCGUCUGUAAUCUGCAAAACUACACUCAGUAUGUUAUUUCCAGGGCGUUCAUGCGACAGUUUCGUCCGUCAUGUAUGUAACCAUGUAAAAUUACACGUAUAAGAACUUCAACAGUAAGCACGCAAGCAAGCAAGGGGGAUGUGAGACAAAACAAAAACAAUAUGACACAGAAACUUAUGUGCAACAAAUGAACCUGUGUUUUAAACUAUGUGAUUGUAGCCAUCUGGAAUGCCGAAAAUGAGUCAGAAUAAAGGAAAUAAAAUCCCACAA